AUGAAAAAUAGUCAGAAAUUAAGUGGCAAUCAAAAAAUUUAACAAUUAUACAACUAUGAGGAGAUGAUUGAAUAGGAAGAGAUUUCAAAAUAACUAAAAGAUCAGUUAAUACUUAUAUUAAACACUUCAAAUGAAUAGAUUUCUGUCAAGGAUGCAGUUGAUGCAAUUAAAUCUGAAAAUAUUCUAGAAACUCAUAAAGCAUUAAUUUAAUUGAGAAAGACCUUGUCUGUAUUAUUGUUUCAAUAAUUUAAUAAGAAUUUUGAUUAAGCACAAAUAUUUACUAAUGAACUUGUACCACUCCUAUUUUAUUUAAUCCAAUUUGGAAGCACAUACAUUAUAAAAUUGGAAGCUACAUGUUUAAUUAAUUGUAUAUAUUAGAAAUCAUCUCCAUUUUUGCAGGAGGAAAGAGUGAUAUUUCAAGAAUAAUCUUUGAAAAUGGAAUUGUUUAACUGGCUAUGUCUAUUUUGUAAAAUGACAAUUCUGAAUUAUCAAUGUUGAUUAUGGUCAUAUUAGGCAAAUUAGCUGGAGAUUCAAUAUAAUAUAGAGAUUGUAUACUUCAAUCCUGUAAUUUGGAUAGAAUUAUAAUGAAAAUGGAACUAAGAUACGAAGCAACUUAUGUCUGGUGUUUAGCUAAUAUGUGUAUUGGAAGACCAAGUCCACAAUUUAAAAUAAUAAGACCAGCCUUUAAUAUAUUCAUGAAAGUUAUUAUGUAUGAACCUACAUAAACAAAUAUUAAGAUGAUGAACGAUGCAAUCUGGGCACUUGGAUACAUGUUAGAUGGUGAACCAACUAGAAUAUCUAUAUUAAUAGAUCAUGGAAUUAUAAAUAGAUUGAUAGAAUUAAUGCAUCAAUGCAACUUUGUUUCCAUUUUAAGAAUUUUUGAAUGUAUUUUUCAAGGAAAUCAACAAUAAAUUCGUUAUUUAUUAGAAUGUGGAUUCCUAUCCCAAAUUAGAAAUAUACUUGAUCCAAAAAGUAGAGAAAAGAGUGGCAAUAUGUUAUAAACAUUUGCAGCAACAGAAACCUUAUUCAAAGUUUUAUCUAAUCAGAAUUUCUUAAUAUCAUUAUUUAAUUCUUUAUAAGAUGAUAAUUCAGAAUUAAGAGGAGAUGCAUUAGAAAUGAUUGGAAAUGCAGUAUAACAUGGUACGAAUGAAGAUGUAUAUCAAAUGGUUAAGAAUAAAUUAAUCCAGAGUAUUUUGGGAAUGUUAGAGUUAGCAUAAAUUAAAGAAUUACCAUCUAAUCAUCUUAAAAAAGGAUUAGAAAUUCUAAUUAAAAUAUUGCGAAAAGGUGAAAUCAGAUCAAAAGAUAGGUAAAACAAUUAGUAUUUUACAGUAUUCAUGUAGAUCAAUGGAAAAGAUGUAAUAUAAAAGCUAUUAUCCUAUAAAUAGGAUGACGUUGCGAAAUAUGCUUACAUCUUUAAAUAGGAAUUCACCUUAUGA